CCUUCUCUCCCUCUCCCUCUCCCUCUCUCUCUCUCUAACCAAAAAUAUUUGCCUUGUCUUCUCUCGCGGACAUCAUCAACAUGCCUCCUAUGCUGCCGGAAUUCUCCAACUCCGUCAAGCUCAAAUACGUCAAGCUAGGUUACCAGUACCUCGUUAACCACAUUAUCACUCUCACCCUCAUCCCCAUCAUGCUCGCUGUCUUCGUCGAGGUAUUACGUUUGGGUCCUUCCGAGAUUUUGAACCUCUGGAAAUCUCUUCACUUCGAUCUCGUCCAGAUUCUCUGUUCUGCUUUCCUCAUCAUCUUCAUGGCCACUCUCUACUUCAUGUCCAAGCCUCGUACCAUCUUCCUCGUCGAUUAUUCCUGCUUCAAGCCCCCCGUCACGUGCCGUGUCCCUUUCUCUACCUUCAUGGAACAUUCCAGACUCAUCCUCAGGAACAACCCUAAGUCCGUCGACUUUCAGAUGAAGAUUCUUGAGCGUUCUGGGCUUGGCGAAGAAACCUGCUUGCCUCCCGCCAUCCACUACAUUCCUCCAAAACCUACCAUGGAAGCUGCAAGAUCGGAGGCCGAGCUCGUCAUUUUCUCCGCCAUGGAUUCUCUCUUCAGAAAGACCGGUCUCAAGCCCAAAGACAUUGACAUCCUCAUUGUGAAUUGCAGCCUCUUCUCUCCCACACCUUCUCUGUCCGCCAUGAUUAUAAACAAAUACAAACUCAGAAGCAACAUCAAGAGCUUCAAUCUCUCCGGCAUGGGCUGUAGCGCCGGGCUUAUUUCGAUUGACCUGGCACGCGAUCUUCUUCAAGUUCAUCCGAAUUCAAAUGCCGUAGUAGUGAGCACAGAAAUUAUUACCCCUAAUUAUUACCAAGGCAACGAGCGAGCCAUGCUUCUCCCGAACUGCCUUUUCCGAAUGGGUGGUGCGGCGAUUCUCCUAACGAACCGCCGGUCCGAGAGUCGGCGAGCCAAGUACAGAUUGGUCCACGUCGUUCGGACUCACAAAGGAGCCGAUGACAAGGCGUACCGGUGCGUGUUUGAAGAAGAGGACAAAGAAGGGAAGGUUGGGAUUUCGCUGUCAAAGGAUCUGAUGGCCAUAGCAGGAGAGGCUCUCAAGUCCAACAUCACGACGAUGGGUCCACUGGUUCUUCCGGCGUCGGAGCAGCUUCUUUUUCUUAUGACGCUGAUCGGAAGGAAAAUCUUCAACCCCAAGUGGAAGCCGUAUAUCCCUGACUUCAAGCAAGCGUUCGAGCAUUUCUGCAUCCACGCCGGAGGCAGGGCGGUGAUCGACGAGUUGCAGAAGAAUCUACAGCUGUCGGCGGAGCAUGUGGAGGCGUCGAGGAUGACACUGCACCGUUUCGGAAACACGUCGUCGUCGUCGCUGUGGUACGAGCUGAACUAUAUAGAGUCCAAAGGAAGGAUGAAGAAAGGAGAGAGAGUGUGGCAGAUAGCGUUCGGAAGUGGGUUUAAGUGUAACAGUGCUGUGUGGAAAUGUAACAGAAGCAUCAAGACGCCGAUUGAGGAUAGUCCAUGGGCUGAUUGCAUUGAUCGCUAUCCUGUUCAUAUUCCUGAGAUCGUUAAGCUCUAGGCAACUAAAGUUCAAGAACAACAACGAGGUUGAUUGGCCGUUGGGCUCGCUGGCUAGCUUCGAUUUUAGUUGUCUGCUAAAAUACAUAAUGAUCUGUCAUGCAUUCAUGCUUCUUCAGCUUUUUCAUUCCUCGCCAGAAUUAUUUCUUAUUAUUUAUUUUGCACUUCCUCAUCUUGUUUCAUAGAAAAAAUUCACUGUGGUCCGUGGAGUGAUGAUGGACAUACAUAUGAUUAUUCAGAUUUGAUCUCUGUAGAUCAACUUGGACGUGGUUGUAUGUAUAUUCAUGUCGUGAACAACAGACUCUAGUGUCAUAGUUGUUAUGCCACUUUCUUUCUUUUUUCUUUUUUUGGACGAAAAAUGCUUAUUUUUCUUCGAGAGGCUA